AUGUCCUUAAUAGCAGAAGCACCUGAUUUUCUUCAAGUUUACUCUGAUGGUUCAGUGAAACGCUUUAACCCUGAAAUUACCUUGGCCUCUUUAGAAUCAUCCAAUGGAUACAAGUCCAAGGAUGUGAUUAUUGACCCAUCAAAACCCAUCACUGGAAGACUCUUUAUUCCAAAUUCUUCCUUAGAGAAACUUCCUCUAUUGGUUUAUUUCCACGGUGGUGGUUUUUGCAUUGGCUCCACAACAUGGCUUGGUUACCAUAACUUUCUUGGUGACUUUUCUGUCACAUCACAAUCCAUUGUUCUUUCAGUUGAUUAUCGUUUGGCUCCAGAACAUCGCCUUCCUAUUGCUUAUGAAGAUUGUUACACUUCACUUGAAUGGCUUGGUGAUCAAGUAAGCAAUGAACCCUUAUUGAAACAAGCAGACACAUCACGAGUUUUUCUUUCUGGGGAUAGUGCUGGGGGUAAUAUUGCACACCAUGUUGCUAUUAAGGCUAUUCAAAAUAAUGGGUGCCCUUUGAAAAUUAAAGGGUUAAUGCCGAUACACCCUUACUUUGGUAGUGAAAAAAGGACUAAAAAAGAGAUGGAUGAUGAAAGUAUAGAGGAUGUGACUAUGAAUGAUAUGUUUUGGAGACUAAGCAUUCCUGAAGGAUUAAAUCGGGACUAUUUUGGUUGUAAUUUUGAGAAAGCCAACUUGUCUACAAGUGUUUGGUCUAAAUUUCCCGCAGUUGAGGUUUAUGUUGCUGGUAAGGAUUUUUUGAUGGAAAGAGGAGUUAUGUAUGCGGAAUUUUUAAAGAAGAAAGGGGUGAAAGAGGUGAAGCUUGUGGAGGCCAAGGAAGAGCCACAUAUAUUUCAUGUAUUCUAUCCUGAAUCUAGUGCAACUCGGUUACUCCAGAGCCAAAUGAGUCAGUUCAUGGGAAAAUAUUAG